AUGCCUUUUGGGUGUAACAGUAUGAGUGAAAACUUUAGCCCAGGAGCAACCUGGAAAGGUAAUCUUAUCUGGAAUCUUAGGCUUAACAACAUGGAAGAGGCCGUUGAUGCUUUUGGUAAGUAUGGAUUAAAACUUGUUGUAAGGAAGUUAUCAGAAGAUGAUCCUGAUUUAAUAGUCAUUGGAUUUCAAGGCAUUCAGUUUGUGUCCAGUGUACCCAGAUGCAAUUUGGUGGAUAUGGGUGAAAACAAGAUUUGUUUCUGCUGUGAAGAAUUUCAUCUCACUAAAUGCACAGAAGAAGAGACUGCGCUGAAGCUAUACCAUGUGAAGUCGUGCAGUGCUGCUCACCUUCUUCUCAAGAAAGUUCUCUUUGCUGUUUGUGCCCUGAAUGCUCUCACCACCACAGUUUGCUUGGUAGCAGCCGCCCUGCGUUACUUACAGAUUUUCGCAACAAGAAGAUCCUGCAUAGAUGAAUCUCAGAUUGAAGACCAAGAUCAUGUUUCGGAUCCUGAUGAUUUUGUCCCACCUGUGCCGCCUCCCUCCUAUUUUGCAACUUUUUAUUGUACUCCACGAAUGAGUGGCAGGAUGCUUGGCUCUGAUGUGAUUCCAUUGCCCCAUAUUUACGGAGCGCGAAUCAAAGGCGUUGAAGUGUUCUGCCCUCUGGACCCACCUCCUCCUUACGAAGCUGUGUGGAGCCAGAACAGCUCUGAGCAGGAAGGUGCACUACAAAUAAGUGUCAUGGAAGUUGUUGAUUCGGGGGAAGUGAGUGACAGGCAGGCCUCUCAAGGUGAAGAAAUUCCUGAGUCUUCCAGCAGAGUGAGCCUUUCACUUUUAAAUGCAAGGCUGGUGCCGGCAGAAGGAGUGUGCAGGAGAGCCUUCAAUCCCUUGCGGAAAUGGUCUAAAAGUGACCCUGUGCUGCACUGCCAGUUGCUUCAAGGUGACUUGAUUUUCUCUAUCAGUGCUUAUGUAAUGAGUGAGUCCUUAAAAGAACAUUUGUCAGAAGGGGCAGUGCCCAGCUGUGAAGCUGCAACGCAGACUGAAGUAAAACCACAACUCUGCGCUGUCACCUUGCGGAAGAGUUUGAGAGCAAGAGCUUUGAGGGGAAGACCCCAAUCUUUGAUAGACUACAAAUCUUACACAGACACUAAACAGCUUGUGGCAUGGAUCCUAGAGCAGUCUUGCAGCAUGAGCCCUGACAUACAUGAAUUGGUGGAAAACAUCAAGUCUGUUUUAAAAUCAGAUGAGAAACAUAUGGCAGAAGCUAUCACCAGUGCCACCUUCCUUGAGCAGGUGAUGACACCUGCCCAGCAAGCCAUGUCACUGAGUGCCCAUGUGUUACCUUUCAGACAGCAUCCUGGAUUGCUGCACCUGGAGAGCUGUGGUGACCUGAGUACUUUCACCACAGGUGAAGAUCAGCUAGUGGAGAGGAGGAUCCAGAGAGCAGAGCAUGAACGGCCUCACAGUCUUAUUGGUGUUGUCAGGGAAACUGUACUUUGAGCUGGUUUCUCUUUAUUCCUCAGUAGAGCACUUCUGUCAGACAUACAUGCUGCACAGGAAAAUCAUCUCUGACAAGUGGGUGGAAGAGUGUGUCGAUACUUUUUUUUUUUUUUUUUUUUUAAAUACCCUCACACUCAGACUCCUGAGGGGAAGCUCGUUCUACGAAGCCUAUUGAGCAGAUUGCAAGCUGGCCUUUAUUGGGCUGCUCAAGUGCAACUUGUCUAUUUGUGAUAUGGUACUGUCUUGUUGCAUCUCUCUAGUCUAUCACCACUUAGGACGGAUUUGCUUUUCUUACUCAACUUAAAUAGAGAUGGCAGAAUGGCUCUAUGCCUUGGCUUACUGAGGUGAGGCAAAGACAGCUAAUGCAUGUGUGCACUUUGUAUCUCAUUGGAGAACAGGGCCAGUGUGAAUGCCUGUGUUCAUCUGGUGUGUGUUACUGUAGCUCCACUGAUUAUUUUUUUAAAUUUUUUUUUCCCCUGGCAUAUCGCAAUUUAAUUCCUAGUAGAGGUGCUUGUUAUGUACCAGCUGACAUCCAUGCUGGAAGCAUGUACACAGCCAUCUCAAAAUCCUCUGCAGACGUGCAGGUGACUACCUAACAUUGUUUUGGCAGUCUUAACCACUAGGCCACAGUGACCCAUGAGGUGACACCCUCUGGCUAAUAAACAAAUGUAUAUGCCAGUUGGCUCAAGCUGUUGACUGCAGAUAGUUCGUUAAGCUCUGUUCUGUAUGUAUGCUGCUAACGCGGAAUACACUAAGUAUUUCCAGAGGCUGGGAUCAGGCACACAAAUUUUAUUUGCAAGGCUAGUUGUAGCCUUCUGUUUCACAGCAG